AUGGCCGGCAUGAUCAAUGGUGGUGGUGGCACAGAAGGUGGCACCCAAGGGAAACAUGAUGCCACCCAAGGUGGCACCCAUGACGGCCCUAUCUCCAUCGACGAGGUACACUUCUUUGAGGAGGAUCAACCUCAAGUUACGAAAGGAGCAUCCCAUCGGACCGGGAACUUCACCGAGCUUGAGGACGUGUGCCUUUGCGAGGCAUGGAGCGACCAGAGUGAGGACUCGCUCACGAAAAGGUGGGCGUGGAUCCAAGAGAAAAUUACCAAGUUCAACGCCACCUACGACAAGACGAAGAAGCGUAAGAUUGCCAAGGAGAAAAAAAGCUUCAACUUGGUCCUUUGUUGGAUGGCGCUCAAGGAUUUCCCUAAGUGGCACGACCUAUAUGCGUCAUAUGACGUCAACUCGUCCGGCGAGUCCCCCGCCACCGCCUCCUGCUCCCGCCUCGGAGUCACCUCCCCAGGCGCCGUCAGAGCCCGCGCUGACCCAGCGCAAAAGGCGCCUCCGCCGGCUCCUGCUUCCGCUCCCGCUCCUGCCUCGGGGUCGCCUCCCCAGGAUCCGCUGGCGGAACCCGCGCCGACCGACGCGCAGAAGGCGCUCUGCCCCAAGCCGGCGCCCCCUGCCGAGGACCCCCGUAAGAAGGAAGGAGCUCGUCACACCGCCACAUCCCUGCCGCCGACCGCUGCACUUGGAAGAACCAGAUCGAGACCAAGAGCCGAGACGGGAGACGCGACGCACACUGCCGUACCCCUCACCUCGCAGAACGCUUGCGAUCUGCGGCACUACGAGGCAACUGCAGGCCGGCCGGUUCCGAUGGCGUCUAGCGAUGGGGUGGCUCGGUCGGAUCCUGCGCGUGCCGCCGGCGCAUCGGCUCCUCCCUCGCCGGCGCAGCCAACCGUCGGGUCCAGGUUCUUCUGCCUAGCGGAGGACGAGGAUUCUGACGAGGAGACGCGGGAAACAGCGGAGGAGGCGGCGUGGUCGGUGCUAGGGCUAGAUCCUAUCGUGCAGCAGAUCGGGCGGUCGCUGGAAUUGUCCAAAGAGGAGGUGAGAGAUGACUUCUGGACAAAGAUCGGAUAUCCGACGUCUGAGUCCAGGGUAUGGUCAAGGUCUGCAUCGCCAGAGGUACGUUUUUCGUCGUGCAGGUCGUCGGAGCGAGCAAGAUCUGCGUCGCCGCCGCCGGGGGAGAAGGUCAAGAGGUCUGCGAUGAGGGCGGCGUCCUCGUCGCCCGUAGGCCUGCGGCUUUCCCGGAUGCCGCGGAUGAAGCCCUGGAGAGGCCCGCUUCCGCGUCGUCGAGUCACGCCGGCGCCUAUUUUUGGGGACUUCCUCGCUGCAGUUUCUGCACGUCGGCCGGCGGCGAUCGCGCCUUUGGAUCCUUCGUCGGGGUCUGCUACCUCCGUGGUGCUUGGGGCGUCUCCGACGCCGAGUCGCGUGGUGGUGGAGGCGACGCUGGCAGCUUCAUCUUCGGUGCCGGCCGAGGUACCGGCGGUGCGGCCGUUGAUCGCGGCAGGUCUCGAGCCGCGAUUCAAGCCAGCGGACGCGGCACUGGAGGCCUCCUCUAGUGGGCCGCAAGGUAGAUGGGCCUGGUUCGGUCGGGCCGUGAUGGCUGUGCAGAAGGCGCCUCGCUGCGUCCCUCACGACAACAGCAUACGAUCACGAGCGAUCGACCAGUUCUCCUAUCGUUCCAGAGACAUCUUCGCCGCCGCCGCUCGACCUCAAGCCGCCACCGUCGAACCAUCGUCGUCACCUGCAUCUACGCCAUCCCAAAGUGCGGGGCUGCGGCGAUCCUUCGCGCAAGUCGUCGUUGGGGUCUCCUCGUCCGUGGAGAUGGCCGGGGCUGCGCGGCCUCCUGCGUCUCCCGGGGUGAUCGCGGCGGGUCUCGAGCCGCGAUUCAAACCAGCGGACGCGGCACUGGAGGCCUCCUCUGGAGGGCCGCAAGGUAGAUGGGCCUGGUUCGGUCGGGCCGUGAUGGCUGUGCAGAAGGCGCCUCGCUGCGUCCCUCACAACAACAGCAUACGAUCACGGGCGGUCGGGCGCCGGAGUGUCGUGGUGCUGGAGGAGGUGCUGCCGACUUCGGAGCACGCUUCGCUGCCGCACCAUCUGGAUGCGGGGCAGCGGACCUUCAGGGUGAACGGACCCGUUAAGCCUGUGAUACCGCCUCCAUGGGCGGAGGGGCAAGCUGAUGGGACGAAGGGCGCUUCUUCUUCGACACCUUUUUUCCCCCGCGAUGGGGGACUCGCAUGGGGCUGCUGUGAUACAGGGGGCUACAUCACCUUCUACCCCUGUAUCGACGACCUCUUCUCCUUCACCGGCUAG